GAAUCAAACUAAUUGACAGUCUACCGACCAAGAGUUAGAUCAUCGUCUCACAAAAAGAAAGAAAAAAAAAAAACAUGGCCACCCAUGAGAAGCCAAAGAAAUUAGGGUUAUUCACGAACUUCUACAAAUCCGGCACUGCUGCCGCCGGCACCGGCAAGAUCAACUGCGUUGCGAAGCCUGACACGCCGGCCUUCACAAACAAGUACAUUGCUCGGGGCUGGAUGCUCCGGAAACCCCGGAAUUGCCCGGAGAGCAGACGCGGCGGCGGAGAUCAACUGGUUAGAGCAAGCAGCGGCCGAGGAGAGGAUGGCGGCGGUGGUGGCGGAGGAGGAGGAGGCGGGAAUGAGAUGGUGGUGGUGGAGGCUAGGAAGUCGGUGUCGCACGUGGAGACGAACCUGGCGUCGGUGGUGGCAUUCUUGCAAGUGAAGGUGAUGGUGGCAGACAUGCCGGGGUUCAUGCAAGUCCAUGCAUUCAGGUGCGCGAGGACGACGUACGACAGCUUGGAGAAGUUCAGCGCCAAACACAUGGCUUACAACAUCAAGAAGGAAUUUGAUAAGGUAUAUGGGCCGGCAUGGCACUGUAUCGUUGGCUCGAACUUCGGCUCCUUCGUGACCCACGCAACAGGCGGUUUCCUAUAUUUUUCGAUGGAGAAGCUCUACAUUUUGCUCUUCAAGACCAAAGUCCAGAAAGCUAUUGAUUGAAGGGCAGAGGUUGGAUUGU